AUGUCUCGCAAAGCCCUCGAGCUACAGCUCGCCGACGCCCGCACUCAGCUCAUUGAAGCUCAGCGCGAGCUCGAGCUCUCCACCUUCCUCAACAAAGGCGUCCUCCAGUCUAAUUCGGAGUUCAAGCUUCGUAUUGCCGAGCUAGAGCAGGAGAACUCGGUGCUGCGGGUCGCAGAGUCGCGUCUAGCACGGACGGAAGACAAGGCGGAGCUGGCGGAAAGGCGGGCCAAGGAGGUUUUUGAAGAGAUGAGGGACAAGGAGGCAGAGUGGGAGAGUGCGGUACGGGCGGAGGUGGAAGUAAGAGAGGGAUUGGAAGUGGAAUUAGAGUCGCUGAGGGAAGAAGUGAGGGGAUGGAGGGAGGUAGGGGAGCGGAUAGGCGGAUUGAUGGCGAGGUCGAGCACCAGGGGGGAGAGGAGCGUCCGAAGGACUAAUGCUGUUGCUGGGCCAAGCAGGCAGUCCCAAGCUACUCGAGCGACCCCUCUUACUCCUUCAUCGAGCAAAGCGUUGUCCAGAUUCGAGGCGUCGGCACAGCGCAGACCACCGUCCCCGACAGUGUUGAUCCAGUCCACCCGAAUAUCGAAGCGGAGAAGACGCAUAGAGGAUAGCGGGAGUGCAACCGAAGAGGACAACGCGGACACUUACGCUCCUUCAUCGCCAGCAGCCGACCGUACUCCUCUGAGACCAACAAGACCUGCGGCCGUCCGAAACACUCGGGCCAACUCAGCCAGCACGAAGAAGCGCGACAGUCAACCUGCCGUCAAGCGAGCUGAUACGGGCCGAACCAGGCGGUCUUCUCCCGCGCCGCCUGUGAAUGAGGUCAAGGUGGAGGAAAGGUCGCCGGACAGGGAGUCCGAAGAGAGUGAAGAUGAUCCGUUGUAUAUGGAAUAG